AUGAAAGGUGUCUUUCGUUCACUCGUGAUUUUUACAGUAACUUUUCUCUCUUUAUCGCUUCUUAGGGCGAACUGCUUUGAAACAGAUAUUUUCUACGAUAUUUCGACCGAUCUAAUUCAGGAGAAAGAAUUGAAUGCUAAAACUAGCAGUUCCGGAAAGGGCUUUGAGAAAACUUUGGCUGCACAAUUUGAAAAGGCUCUAGCUAAGGAGUUCAACGAAAAGGAUGGCACAGAGUCAAAAGGGGUGGCUUCGGAAGGUGCUGGUAGAAGUUUUAAUCGAACAAUUGCUCUGCAGGGAGCUACUCUUGAAACUGUCGUGCGAGUUAGUCGAUCAAAGUCCUCUCCGUCUCCUUUAGAUUCGGCAAAAAAAAAUGGCAUAGAUGACACUUCCGGAAAGACUGAAGAAAAUAGCAUCUUCGGAAAUUUCCGAGUUGCUACGGCCAAAAUUCUGAAUAAAGUCUUGGCUUACUCUGUUUUUAACAAAACUCCUGAGCAUGACUUCUUUGUGGAACGACUUAUUGAUUCGGCAGACAAUGAGUUUGUCAUCUCAAAUCCUAAGAAUGGCACGAUGGAGUUACAGCAAGAUCACAGGCUUAUCACUGAUAUCGUAAUAAUAAUUUGUGCUGCCACCACUGGAGCUGCUAUUUUUGGUGCUCUUGGACAGCAGCUCAUCACAGGAUUCUUACUCUCAGGUUCAUUAAUCGGACCUGGAGGCUUCGGCCUUGUUGUCGAACUGGUUCAGGUGGAGACUCUUGCGCAGUUUGGUGUGGUUUUUCUCCUCUUUUCCCUCGGAGUAGAAUUUUCUAUUUCUAAACUAAAACAUGUUCAAAAUGUUUCUAUACUUGGAGGAAGCAUAGAAGUUAUAUUAGCAAUGCUUUUAUGUGGAGUAUUGAGUGACUUUUCAGGAGCACCUACCAAGGAAGGUAUAUUUAUUGGUGGGUUUCUUUCCAUGUCAUCAACAACAGUUGUUGUCAAGUGUCUGAUGGAAAGAGAUGAAAUGUCCGCUCUACACGGGCAAAUAAUCUUGGGCACAUUAAUUCUACAGGAUUGUACAAUAGGAUUAUUGUUUGCUCUACUCCCUGUCUUAGGAGGGAGUCACGGAGUUGCGGAAGGAGUAAUUUCCUUGAUCCAGACAGUCAUUACUAUGGUUUUCUUUUUGGUAUUGUGUAUUUUUAUCAGUCGCUAUGUAAUUUUUCGUUUCUUGAGGGUUGUAUUCACGUUCAGCAGUGAGCUUUUUCAGCUAGUUUUGAUUGCAUUUUGCCUGUUAAUAGCUUGGUUAAGUGAUCAUAUUGGGUUGAGUAUAGAGUUGGGGGCAUUUAUUGCAGGUGUCAUGGUUUCAUCAACCACUUUCUCAGAACAAGCUCUCACAAAAAUUGAGCCGAUAAGAAACCUUUUUGCUGCUCUGUUUCUGACCUCAAUAGGGAUGAUCAUGAAUCCUUAUUUUCUUUGGGUCCAUUUAGAUGUUCUUUUUGCAACUUUACUAAUAGUAAUAGUUUUCAAAUGUUCUUUAAUUGCACUGGUUGUACGUGCUUUUGGUUAUGACUUCAGAACGAGCUUUACGGUUGGGAUGUCUCUUGCACAAGUGGGUGAGUUUUCAUUUGUGCUGCUGAGCAGAGCUUCUGCAGUCGGGUUAGUUCACAGAAAAUUAUAUUUAUUGCUACUUGGUUCGACAGCAUUAAGUCUCAUAGCGACUCCUAUUUUGUUCAAAUUAUCACGACGAAUACUGCACUUUGGAGCUUUGAUGCGCUGGUUGAAGGUAGAUGUGGAAAAUGAACUUAUGAGGUAG